AUGCUGAACCAUGGGCCCAUGCUGCUGGUGCUGGGGGUUGCGCCCUCCCUGGCAGUGGCCACCACCCUGGAGCCUUGGUUCCCCCUCCCCCACAUCUGCAGGGGCCCAGAGGCACUGGGUGGCAGGUCUGCUGACUCCCUUAACUCUCCAGCUGGCAGAGAACUGGUGAGCAAGGAGGGCUACCGGCGGGCACGGCACGUCGUGGGUGAGAUCCGGCGCACAGCCCAGGCAGCGGCGGCCCUGAACCGCGGGGACUACAGAGCCUUCGGCCGCCUCAUGGUAGAGAGUCAUCACUCACUCAGGGAUGACUACGAGGUGAGCUGUCCGGAGCUAGACCAACUGGUGGAGGCUGCGCUAUCUGCACCGGGGGUUUAUGGCAGCCGCAUGACAGGUGGUGGCUUUGGUGGCUGCACAGUGACCCUGCUGGAGGCCUCUGCCGCUCCCCGAGUGAUGCAGCAUGUACAGGAGCAGUACAGUGGUACUGCCACCUUCUACCUCUCCCAGGCGGCCGACGGUGCCAAGGUGCUGCACUUGUGAGGCGCUCCCCUGGGACAGCACACAGUGCACAGGACCUGCCAGGGGCAAGUCACAAAGCUCCAUGCUUCUGGUGCCUG